AUGAAAUGGGGAAGACGUUAUCCUUGUGCAUUUGCCUUCGCACUCUUGGUUACUCUAAACAACGGAGUUGACGCGCAGGAAACUGCUUGGACCUCUGAGCGCAAGAGGUCAUUCAGUGUGGCCACGAAAGACUUAUGGUACCAUGGUUUCAACAAUUAUAUGUCCUACGGUGAGCCCCGCCCAGAUGAUUCAUGCAUCGCAAAUAUAGCACAUAAUGAUGUUUCAGGAAACUUCUCCCUAACUCUCAUUGACGUUCUAGACACGUUGGUCGUGCUAGGCGAUCCUCCAGGGUUCCAAAACGCGGUUCGCAAUGUUCUUGACUGGGUGUCGUUCGAUGUCAACACAAAACCGCAAGUCUUCGAGACCACUAUACGGGUGUUGGGCGGAUUGUUAUCUGGUCAUAUAUUCGCCAGUCAACCCAACCAACCUUUCUAUCUCCCUUGGUAUCGCGGUCAGCUUCUGACCAUGGCAUAUGAUCUUGGCAAUCGACUAUUGCCUGCAUUUGCCACCCCUACCGGCUUGCCUUUUGCGAGGGUUAACUUGCGACAUGGGGUUCAGCGGGGAGAAUCCCUUGAAACUUGUACCGCUGGCGCUGGUUCUUUGAUGCUGGAAUUAGCUACCCUCAGUCGCCUCACUGGAGAUGACCGCUUCGAGAAGGCAGCAUAUAAAGCUUUUUUCGCAUUAUGGAACAGGAGAUCUGAUAUCGGUUUGGUCGGCAAUACAAUUAAUAUCUGGACUGGGAUAUGGACACUACCGGAAGUGACAGGAAUCGGCGCUGGCAUCGAUUCUUUCUAUGAAUAUGCCUUGAAGUGGUACGUCAUGAGUGGUGAGGUAGAGUUUCUUGAUGUGUGGCAUGAAGGUUACGCCGCUGUGAUGAGAUACUCUCGUUCCCCGGAUGGCCACUGGUAUCGCAGUGUCAACAUACAUACAGGUGAUCAAGCGUAUACCACAAUUGAUUCUCUAUCCGCUUUUUGGCCUGGUUUGCAAGUCCUGGGUGGUGAUGUACAAAAUGCCAUCAAAUCUCACAUGACGUACUGGAACAUCUGGAGACGACAUUCUGGUCUUCCUGAAGUAUGGGACGCUCACUUUAUGCAGGCGACAUCUUUCCAGUACCCCCUUCGACCAGAGUUCGUCGAAUCGACGUGGUACCUCUAUAGGGCCACUCGAGACCCAUAUUAUCUAGAUGUUGGUGAACGUAUUUUAAGAGACCUAAUUGCCCGUGCCAAGGUGGAUUGUGGAUUGACUGGUAUCCAAGAUUUGCGAACCAAUGCCAGAGAUGAUAGAAUGGAGUCGUUUGCGUUGUCAGAAACAUUGAAGUAUCUGUUCCUUUUGUUCGACGAGGACAACCGCCUACAUAAAGAUGAUUCACACUACGUUUUCACCACCGAAGGGCACAUCCUAUCACUUCCGAAGGAAGUUCUGAAGCCCAUGUCUCGCGUUCGACGAAAGAUGCGUGGCGACGAGAAUCACCAGUGUCCUCUGUAUGAACCUGUACAGGACCCAUCGCCUGAUGGGACUAUUGACGGCCUCAUCCGAGGUGUUGGUUCGAGAGCGGACGUGGAGUAUGCGAGGUACCUGGUUGGACUGCGACCGCAGCCUCUGGACGAGCACCACUGGUCUCCUGAUGGCUGGUGCACCGUCCCGCAAGUUGAUUUAUAUUCUUUUGAUUUUAUCAUGUCACCCGGUGGCAAGAUGGUAUCCGAGGACCCUAAUCCCGGUCCCCUCAAACUCAAGGCAGUGGCAGACGGAUUUAUUCUUCACAAUGUGACGGGCAUCCGGGCCCACAUCGUCAGUCGAUUGGAUCGUAAGGGUUACGACAUCACAAAGCUCGGGCCGCACGCUGUCCGCACUGGGCAGAUGGUGUAUGUCAACGACUCCGCACUUUGGGAGCCUAUUCCAGCUCCUGGUCCUACUUACCGUAACCAGGACGUCCAACUUCGUAUCUUUCUUGAUACGUUUGACCCGGCACUCGUAGCGCAACCAGAGGCCACAUACUUCAACGGAGAGACGUACGUCAAGGCGUACACUGCCCAGUUUGGAGGAGACUUGGCUGCACUUAGUGGUUCCACCCCCCUUCGCUUCGGCUACGGGGAGGGCACUGAACUGCAGCGGGACAAAAGCAACCCCCUGGGAUGCAAACCUUAUGAAACCGACUUCGACGGAAAUGCUGUUCUCGUCCAUCGUGGCGACUGCACAUUCCUGGAGAAGCUUGUCUAUGCACGGCGUGCAGGCGCUUCUGGAGUCGUUGUUGUUAGCGACGAGGAUGUUCCUAUUAAUCCUUCCGCCUCGCCGGAAGAGAUCGCUGCUGCGGGCGAAAUCAGCGAUGUCGCUUUGGUGCUGCUGCCGCAUACGAUUGGCAAAUCUGUCACUACCAUGGUAGAUGCUGCUGGGAUGUUUGGCUACGGACAUGUCAUAUUUGCUAUUGAUCCAGAGGCCCAAGGAUGGACAGAAGGAACAAUAGAUCACACACCAGGAGAUAUUGGACAAAUUCUGUACAUCAACGGACACCCUCUACUAAAUACCAGGCUAAUAUUAUAA